UUUGUCGUCCCUAAGGGGCCCACAGAGGUGGGGAGAGGAGGAAGGACCAGGAGGCGGGGAGGCCGUGGCUAAGGCAGAGCGCGAGAGGAGAUGAGCAACCAGAGGCUUAGAAGUGCCGCGCCGCUGAAAACGCGCAGAGCCAAGGCCAGCUCCAGGGCGAGCCCCUAACCACUGCGCACCGCCGGCCCCCAAGGCCAUGGGCGCCAGACCGAGAGGACAGGCGUGCUGGAGAGCGGCUGCGGAAGGGCGAGCGGCCGGACCGGGAGCUGCAGGAGAGGCGGCCACAUGGGCGUCUACCAGCUCGGGGACCCGGGCGUGGGCCACCGGCUAAAGCGGAACGCAGCGUGGGCGGGUUAGAGGAAGCGGGAACUGCCCCUGGACAAGCUCGGUCUAGGAGGCACUGGCCUGUCGCUGGAGUUAAAAUCAGGGAGGCGGAAGCGCAGGUAAAGCGGGAAAGAGCAAAGGGCAGAGUGAACGAACGAGAGGAUGAUGCAGACACAUCGCCGGAUCGCUGAGAGCCACUGGAAGUGCGGUGACAGCGGCCUCGGUCCCUGUGUCUCCCCAAAUCACCCCGCCUCGGGGAAGCCCCGGAGUCCACAGCACACUGAGCUGCCCGUCUGGCCCCGGCCAGGCUGAGGUGGCUCCUGCAGGCCCGGCCGUGGGCCGAGGAGCCUCGGACCUGGCACGGCGGGCCCUGGGCGGAGGCCCCGGGCAAACGCGGCUGAGCCCCACCGUUCCCUCAGUUCCCUUCGUUUCCGGCAAAGCCCCCUCUACUUAGAAGAGGCCCCGUUCCCAGGUCAGCGAGGACAUUGCUCUCUGACGCAGGCCGCCCUGGGGCCUGCCGUCCUCCCAUGACGCAGAACUCGGGGGGCUGCGGAUCCGCGGAGCCAGGAACGGGGGUCCGCGGGCAGCGAUGCCCAGGCCUUUCCUGACCAUCGACCUUUCGCCCUGUUCCCAACUGCGAAACUACCCCGCAGAAGCGCAGCGCGCGAGCGUGCGUGCCCACGUGCGUGCGGGAGGGUUCGCUUUCCGAGCGGCCCGAGCCUCUUUAAAGCUGGCCGUCGCAGCUAGUGCAGGGGACCCAGCCGCAGAAAGCCCAGGGUCUGGUCCCAGCUGCCCGACUGCUCUGUGACCUCUGGCAGGUCACACCUGCGGUCUGAGCCUGGCCCCCUCCUCUGUGAAAGGGGGAGACGGUCUUUGAGGUUGUAGCCAAUAACAGACCCACGAUGCUUGACUCGUUGCUCCCAGUCAGGGACCUGAGGGGUGUGUCUGCAGGGGUGGGACAGGGCAGGCAAUGGAACCCAGGCAUCCGUGCCCAGGGUCCAGCACUACGAUAGGUCACCUGAUCUGUCAAUCAAAGAAUCUCCUAGGAGCGGAGGGCGGUACCUGGUUGUCUGGUAACCCCCGGGGCUCUGAGCUAAGAAGCCAGGGGCGGUAACUUAAGCCAGAGGGACCAUUCCAGAAAGCCAUCUGCGGAGAAGAUCGAGGAGGUAAGGUGUCUCCCGGCUGAGGCCACAGGACGGAGCGAUGGCCCCGAAGAGGCAGGAUUCCUGGGUGUUGUCAGGCGCAGGAGGAGUUUCUAUAGAAGGGGAAAGUACCAUCUCAGCCGCUUCUCCUAAAACAGGGCGGGGGUGUUGAGACCCCAGUGCCUGGGUCUCUCUCCUGUUCCAGCACCGGGGAGCAGAGUUUGGGAACAGCCCCCACCUCUCUAGAGGAGAGGCCCUGUCGGGAAGCAGAGCCCAUGAAAGAGCGUCCUGGGUUUAAGGGCGCCUGGAGGGGGGGGGGGCCGGAACCAGCCAGCAGACGGGGGAGAAAGGGUCCCCCGGGGCAGACAGCAAGAGGGCAGCAGGCGGCGGCCUCGCUCCUGGAAGUUGGCCCCUUGCCAGUUCAGGAGCCUCCUGGGCCUGGUGCCCCCCGCACGUGGCAGGGGCUCCCCGAGCGUCUGCUGACGUGGUUGGAGCUACGUCUUGAGAUGCGGCAGGAGCACCUAGAUUAUGAGUGGGUGGUGCGUGCGAUGACGCGGGGGCGGGGGCAGACGCUGGAGGACAGGCCCUGCCAAACGUGAGAGUGGCCGCGUCGGGCCGUCUUAAGUGCGUUAGACGCCGUGACCAGCCAUCUCCGGGCCUUUCAUCUCGUCUGGUCAGCGUUUCUCGGGAUAAAUGUGUGAUAAACAGUUACCUGCUCUGUGCCAGGCCCUUCAAGUCGCUCCACAUCGAAUAGGUGAGAGAGACACGAGAAGUGCCAGCUCUGGCCCCGUGUGACACAUGCCAGGCGGCGCGCGGGGGGCAGAGGGAAGCUGGCCGAGGGGAGGGCCGUUCGGAAGGAAGCUAUUAACCUGCAGGAGGGGGGGCUAAGAAUUGGCGGGGCAUUGCGGUGACGGUGGCACAGAUGAAGCAAAGCGCGGUGGCACGGGAGGUUCCCGCAGCCCAGGGAUCUCAGCCGGGCAGGGAAGCCGCCGCACCGCCUGCCAGGGCCUCUGCUUGGGGGGUGCCGAGGGCGCUGUGCUGAACCCCGUGCUCUCCGUUGUCAGCGCCAUGUCUUCCCCCUGCCCCGAGGACGCCCCGCGAGAGCCUGAGCCGGAGCGCUCAAGCGCCAAGAAGGAAAAGAAGAGAAAGUGGCCGCAGCGGGAGGCCAGCAUCCUGGGCCUCACCAGGGCUGGCCACAGGGCCCUACUGGCCGGCCAGGACCAGGAGGCCUUGACCAGCUUCCAGAGGGCCUUCCUCCUGGCCUCCGAGGCCCCACGAGAAAGGGACACCCUCGUCCUCCAGGCCUGUGCCUUCAACCUGGGGGCCGCCUACGUGGAGACCGGGGACCCAGCCCGAGGCCUCGCGCUGCUCCUGCGAGCCCAGCCUGAGGGGCAGGCACAGGGCGGGCGUCACGGCGACCAGUGUUUCAACGUGGCUCUGGCCUACCAUGCCCUGGGUGACCUGCCUCAAGCUUUGGCCUGGUACCGCAAGGCCCUGGGCCACUACCAGCCACUCUGUGACCAGGGGCGAGCCCAGGCCCAAAUGGGAGGCUGCUACCAGGCUCUGGGGCAGCCCGGGCCAGCAGCUCACUGCCUGCAGGAAGCAAGCCGGGCCUAUGCGCAGGCCGGGCAGCCGCGGGCUGCAGCCCUGGCGCUGGGGGCCGCGGCGGGCUGCAUGCUGAGCAGCGGGCAGCACGCGGUGAGCGAGGUGGUGCGGGUGCUGCAGGAAAGCCGGAGGCUCGCGGAGAGGAGCGCCGAGCGGGGGCUGCUGGGGCGGCUGUACAAUGACCUAGGCCUGAGCUACUCCCAGCUCCGGCUGUUCCCGCUGGCGGCCGAGGCCUUCCUGCAGGCGCUGCCCCUGUGCCGGGCGCCGGGAGAGGCGGCCACGGUGCUGACAAACCUCGGGAUGGCCCACAACGCCCUCGGCAACUACCAGGAGGCCCGGGAGUUCCACCGGAAGGCUGCCGCCCUGCACGGCUCUGCGGGGCAGCGCUGGGAGCAGGGCCGCAGCUUCGGCAGCCUGGCCUUCGCGCUGAGCCAGCUGGGGGACCACGAGGCCGCCAGGGACAACUACCUGCACGCUCUGCAGGCUGCCCAGGAUGCUGGGGACACGAAGGGGCAGUGGCAGGCCUGUGAGGGUCUGGGGGCUGCUUCAGCCAGACUGGGGCAGCAUGCUCAGGCCUUGGAGCACUACAAGGACGCGCUGGCCCGGUGCCAGGAGCCAGGUUCUGUGAGAGAGCGGCUGGUGGCCAAGCUGGCGGAUGCCAUGAGGACCCACUUGGCCCGGGGUGGGCUGGUCCUGGCUCAGAGCCUGACCUCAGCUCCGGGGCGGCCUCCAGUUCCAGGGGGAGCCUGCCCAGCAGGGGUGGCAAGGGGCCCAGCAGAAGGACUGCACAGGCGUCCCGGGGGGAAGGAAGAGGACGAGGAGGCCCUCAGGGGGACAGAGGAAGAGGGCGCCCCGUCAGCUCCGGGGCCGGGCUGGCUUGCGCGGAGGCUGGAGCAACUUUCCGUCUGAGAGCACCAGCAUUCGUGGGGAGCCCACCGCAUGCCAGGGAGCUUGCUGUCCGGCCUCUCCCCGCAGAGGCUCCGGCUCCGGGGGCAGAAUUCCUUGCUGCUCGUCGGCUUGAUUUCACGUCUUCUUUGCAGUGUGUUUCCUUCCAGGCACUGGCACGUGGUCCCCACGCCAGCCACCGGGUGGCCGGGCUUGCCCAAGACCUGGUGGUGCGGGGCCUCGUGCAUGCUGCACCCUCCGUGCUCGGUGACCAGCAGCCCCCCCGCCCCCGGCACCCGCCCUGCUUGUCCUCCCCAAGCGGUCUCUCUGACCAGGAUGGUUCUUGGUCCAGAGGCCCACCAUGAGUGUCUGUCCCUCUUCGUCCAGGCCAGGCCUCAGGGCCAUCUCGUCUCCCAUUUGGAGACCAAGGCCUGGUGCCCAGUGGCCCCAGGUCAGUAGGUGGGUCCCAGAGGGACCAGGGAGGCCUGGAGGAUGGAUAAAGGCAGUAGGAGAGGCCAUGGCCUUGGACGAUUUAAUGCAGGGACGUGAUCCCGGUUCAGGCUGGGGAAGGUGCGGUCUGGUGCUUGGGGACAGACAGCCUCGCUCAGCCUCUGUCUCUGCCCUCGCUCAGUUCUGGACGCCCGGCGUGGCCCUGCCUCCUGCACGCCGGACUGCGGGCCCCAGAGAAAGGGAGCCGCCUCCCCACUGCCUUAGAGCCUGGCGGCAGAGGCGGGGGCGGGACAGGGUGACCGCAGCUGGGGCCAGCGGGCUGCUCUUUCCACAGCUACUCCCGCCGCCGAGCUCCGCCCCGCCUCCUUCAGGCCCUCGCCACAGCCCAGGGCCACCGGCCGCAGGGACCCGCGGAGACCCACGGCAUCCGGCUUCUGCACGAUCACGUGACCCCUUGCUGGCCGCAGCCCUGGCCGCCGUGGUACCUUCCCAAAACUCAACACACAGAGGGGUUUCGGGGACACAGCCUCUUUCAGGGUCCAGCGCUAUGCGGAUACAGGACACAGCGCCAUCAGCAGGCUGGGCAGGGGCUUUGCAAUCUCGGCCCUGAGGCUCUUUGUUCCUUGCUGGGGUUUGGGGGCUCAGCAGGCAAAAGAACAAAGGAAAAUGGAUGGUGAAUCUCCCCUUUUCUCUCCGGAUCCAAACCGCACGGUCCUAGGGCCCUUGCCCGUUCUGCAAACUAUGACUCCCCGGCCAGGAGGCUUUGGCGUUGGUGACUCUCGCCACCGUGUGCCCCCACCCCGCCUUCUCAGGCCGGAAAUGGGUCAUAAACCACAUUCACCAACAGAUGCACCCCACCUCCUCCCCGAACCCCAGCAGAGGCCUGCAGCCCACAGGACAACUGCUACCAGCAGCCAUGAGGACAGUGAGAGCGUGAAGUCUACCUCCUGGGCACUCGGCACAGGCCCACGUGUCCCACGUGCUUCACGAGUGUUUUCUCCCCUGAUCCUCACGACAGACGACACCCCUCGCACAGUGGAGGAGCAGCAGGCAGACAGCUUAGCUCGUCCUCCCAGCUCACGCGCCCGCUGAGUGACGCCGUGAGUCGAAGCUAGGCAGCAAGUCCCCUCUGCAGUGCUGUGCACGUCCACUCUCCUAGUGAAGCCACCGUUGGCUAAGGGUCGCCUGCACUUGCUGCUGAGUGUGUCUGUGGUUGUACGUGUUAUUGUAACUUAAUUAAAUAUACAAAUUGA